AUGUUUUUUUUAUUCUCGCAUAUAUUUUUACAGUUUUUCCUUUCUUGUUCUAUUUCUUUCUUCAUUCUCUCCAUCUUUGAGUUAUUUAAUUUCUUCUUUCUUCAUUUCAAUUCAUUUCUUCUUCAUUUCAUUUUGUUUCUUUGUUUCUUUACGCAUUCAUAUUCCGUUCUUCGUUUUAAUCCUUUCCUUCACAUUCAGCAUUUCCUUUCUUUCUUUCCUAAUCUAAUUUCUUUUUUUUUUCUUUUUUUACACACUUCAUUCAUCAUUUCUUUCAUUUUAAUUUUGAACUCAGUUUUUUUUUUCUUUUUUGAUAUAUACCUUCUUUCAUUCCUACCUUUACGUCUUCAUUCAUUCAAAGAGAAUAACCCUCUCAGGUUAUUUUCCUUAACCUUACUCUACUCUACUCUAUCUAUCUAUCUAUCUAUCUAUCUAUCUAUCUAUCUAAAUCUGUUUCUAUCUAUCUAUCUAUCUAUCUAUCUAUCUAUACAGAUGCAUUAA